AUGCUGUCACCUGAAGAAGAAAAGGAGCUGAAAGAGCGAGCCCACAAGAAAUGGUUCCAGCUCAAGGGUCAUAUCAAGGAAAAACAAAAGAAAGAUGUGACGAACAUCCUACUUAAGCGCAAGAAGAACGUAUUCACAGUAUCAUCGAGGAUUGAGCUGCUGGAAGAGAAAUCGCGUGAGAUUUUCGCUGCACUCAAGCAGAUUACGAACGAAAUGCGCGACAAGAGCGACCGUGCUACGCAUGAAACGUUGCGUCGCCGCGUUGCUGAUAUUGAGCACAGUCUGCAGAGUAUCGAUUCCAGAAUUGCGUCUUUGUCAGCGCCCGCAUUUGAGAAAGUUGGUGACCUAGAAGAUGAGGUGAACUCGUUACGCAGUACCGUGGAGCUUCAGCUUACGACCGCCCAGGCUGAAGCUACAGCCAGGCAUUCGCUGCUUGAGGAGGCUCUAGCUACUCAACGAACACUGGUUGAAUCGUUGACCCAAGAUUUCCCGGCCCAACUGGCAACCCAAGCUGAGCUCUUCAACGAAAAGCUCAAGCAGCUACCCGACUACACUGCAGCGAUAGAGAACCUCCGACGGGGUCUAAAGCGCAAAGCGGAUUUGAAGCUCCUGAAAGAGUUAGAAGCUCGGUUGCUCGGUCUGGAUGCGGAGAAUGAGGACUGUCUGGUGCGCUGCUUAUCCUGCCGCAAAGAGGUCACUAACCCGUACAACGACAAAGAUACUGAAGGCGAUGAUCAGGAUAUUGUGAGCUCUGGAGGUGGCGUCUCACAGCUGCGGAAGAUUAACACUGGCCCAACUUCGUCUCGGAUCUACCGCUCAAACAUACCAUUCAGUGCCCAGCCGAUGGUCCAGGAGGCCAUUCUAGAGGAAUCCCCUGAUGAAACCUUUUUGCCACCUCAAGCGUUGUUGCAGCCACUGCCACAGUCGAUAGCGAUGCAAGAGCCUCAACUUCGUCAACAGCUCCAGUCAGCGGGGGAUUCUCAUGCAAGUGAGAAACCUCCAGUUGUUCGUGUCCCUAGCGUGAGGUGGUCGACCCCACCAGAAUCUUUGAAACGAGAGGCCAAAACCCCACAACCUUCACCUCUCAGUUUGAUGAACAUUACCGCGACGCGUGCCAUUCUAUCACCCGAUCGGCCGAUCAGCGCCCCCGUGAUCCCAAUUAAAAAGAAGGCAAGUACCGCAGUCAGGUCGAAGUCGGUAUUAAAGUCACUAUCCUCUUCUUUAGAUCCACCUCAGAAGGACUAG